AUAUCCAAAACUUUGCCUAGAAUGGAAACCAGUCAGGUCAUCUCAACUGACCAAGCAACAGUUGUCAUCCAAGUAAAUCCACAGGUGGCACAAAAUGCUGUUAUUUGUGAUGAUGGACAGGAGGCCAGAGGAGAACAUCACAAUACAGCUCUUAAGGGAUUUUUUAAAGCACAACCAAAGGCACUGGGGACUGUCCAGAUAAUGAUUGGAGUGGUGAUUUUCUUAUUUGGUAUUGUACGCACCAGCAACAUCAACAACAAUUACCAUUACCCAGCUAUUUCUGUCAUAAGUGGAAUAACUUACUGGGGAUCUUUCAUUUACAUCAGUGCUGGAUCUCUGUCUGUUGCUGCUCAGAAUAAACUUGAUCUGUGUGUGGUGAAAGCUUCUCUUAUAAUGAAUGUGAUCGGUGCCAUAACUGCAGGGAUAGCCAUUCUUCUGAUGGGCAUAGAAAUAGUAGACCAUAUUAUGCCUUCUUGUAUAUACAGUAGUUACAUAUGUAACUAUUUGAUUUGUAUUUUUAGAGAAGGAUCCCCAAUGAUCUGGGGGACCAACGGAAUAUUGCUGCUGUUCUCCAUCCUUCAGUUCAUCAUCUCCAUCUGUAUCUCAGGAUUUGCCUGCAAAGCCACCUGCAACAGAGACUCUACAGUGGUCAAUGUGGCACUAAACCAGGAAUACUGAGUCACAGUGAGAAGAUCUUACCAAGGUUGCAAGGAAUUAAAAUCUCAUAUUGUUGCUUCCAAGCAAGUUCUCCAAAAAUUGAGAAUUGAAAGUACAUCAAAUGAUGUGUAUACAUUAAAUGUUUGCUGACACAAAG